GAACUUUCUCUGAUCUGUUGAAGUAAGUAACCGGGAGAGGAAAGCAGGAUAGUGCAAGGCUGCAAGCCCACGGAACCUGCUGAACCGUUUAUCUCGGGAAAGGAAGAACACAUUGUAUUUGAAUAGUGACAGUUUUCCUCUCAAACUUGCAACAGAAGAAAAAAAAAAUGACUCAGUUUAACAGGGGACCAGCGUACGGUUUAUCCGCUGAAGUAAAAAACAAGAUAGCUCAAAAAUAUGACUCCCAGAAGGAGGAGGAGCUGCGUGUUUGGAUUGAGGAUGUCACUGGCAUGCCGAUCGGGGGGGAAAGCUUCCAGAAGGGCCUGAAGGACGGGGUUAUCCUCUGCGAAUUAAUAAACAAACUUCAGCCUGGAUCGGUGAAGAAAAUUAACCAUUCCCAACUUAACUGGCAUAUGCUGGAGAACCUUGGGAAUUUCAUCAAAGCCAUUCUGGCCUAUGGGAUGAAGCCUAAUGACAUCUUUGAAGCAAAUGACCUCUUUGAGUCUGGGAACCUGACCCAAGUCCAGACCUCACUGCUGGCCCUGGCAAGUAUGGCGAAGACCAAAGGCAUAAAUCCAAAGAUUGACAUUGGUGUGAAAUAUGCUGACAAACAAGAAAGGUGUUUUGAUGAAGAAAAAAUGAAGGCUGGUCAGUGUGUUAUUGGACUGCAGAUGGGAACCAACAAGUGUGCCAGCCAGGCCGGUAUGACUGCAUAUGGGACCAGGAGACACCUUUAUGACCCAAAGACACAGACGGACAAACCAUAUGAUCAGACUACCAUCAGCUUACAGAUGGGAACCAAUAAAGGGGCAAGCCAGGCUGGAAUGGUUUCUCCAGGAACCAGAAGAGACAUCUUUGACCAGAAGGUGGCGCUGCAGCCAGUGGACUCCAGUACCAUCUCACUACAGAUGGGCACCAACAAAGUGGCCUCACAAAAGGGCAUGAGCGUGUAUGGGCUGGGCCGGCAAGUAUACGACUCCAAAUACUGCUCUGCCCCCACAGAGCCUGUAAUGCACACCAACGGAAGCCAGGGAACAGGAACAAACGGUUCAGAGAUCAGUGACAGUGACUACCAAGCAGAGUACCCAGAGGAGUAUGAAGGCAACUAUAACGAUGAAUACCACGGGCACUACAAUGACCAAGGCGUAGAUUAUUAAGUGACAAGAAAACUGUAUUAACCAUUAAUCGAGUGUUUUAACUACCAAGCAAGCCUUUGGUAUCUUUGCUAGUCUUCCUUCUCUUCUGAUGCCUAAAGUAAAAAAAAAAAAAAAAAAAAAU